AUGUACAAGCUGAAAGCCGAAUCUGGUCUUUCUGAUACUGGGUUUGAUAACUUCAUGAGGGAAUUCCAAAAUAUGCUGCCAAAUGGAAAUAGUUUUCCCGAGUCACUGUCCACAGUAAAAAAGACACUUAAACACUUUGACUUAGGGUAUGAGAAGAUUGAUGCAUGCAUCAAUGACUGUUGCUUGUAUAGGGGAAAGGAGUACGAGAACUUACAAAAAUGUCCUAAAUGUGAUGUUUCAAGCCAGGAUGGGAAAAUGCGUCAUCCAGUAGAUUCAAAUUGUUGGAGUACAGUAGACAAAAAAUGGCCUACUUUUGCAUCUGAUCCAAGGAAUUUGAGAUUUGGACUUGCAACUGAUGGGUUCAAUCUGUUCAGCCCUAGACAACCAGGAAACGACAUUGACAUAUAUUUGCAGCCACUUGUAGAUGACUUAAAAAAGCUGUGGGAUGGUGUGGAUAUGUAUGAUGUCUAUACUAAAGCCAUGUUUAACCUUAGAGCUAUCUUAUUGUGGACUAUUAAUGACUUUCCAGCAUAUGGCAAUUUAUCCGGGUUAACCACAAAGGGAGAAUUUGCUUGUCCUAUAUGUGGUCCUGAUACUUGCUCUCAUUGGCUACCACUUGCAAAGAAGAUUGUUUACUUGGAUAAUAGACGUUUUCUUUCUUCUAACCAUGUUUUCCGCUCUAAACAUAAGUGGUUCAAUGGAAGAAAGGAGAGAAGGGAACUGCUUGUGCGCCAUAAUUUGGAUGUCAUGCAUAUUGAAAAGAAUGUGUGUGAGAGUGUUUUAGAAACUAUCUUAGAUGUGAAGGGAAAAUUUAAAAUUGGGGCAGCUUCACGUAGAGAUCUUGAGUUACAAGAACUUAUGGAUGAUGUUCCAGUAGAAGAAAGAGUGGAUAAGCUGGAUAUGAAAGAAUGCAAAAUUCUUGGACUCAAGUCCCAUGAUCAUCAUGUCUUGAUGCAACAACUUUUUUCUGUUGCUGUGAAGGGGUUUCUACCUAUACAUAAGGUCCUUAAAGGUUAUGUUAGGAAUCGUGCAGCUCCAAAAGGAAGUAUUGCAGAAAACUACCUAGCAGAUGAGUGUGUUCGGUUUUGUAGUCGGUACAUGAAGCACUCAUCUGUGUUUAGUAGUAAACGAAAACGAAAUGAUGUCAUUGAAGACGACACAAUAAUUGAAGGAUCAACACUUCUAAAAGGUCGAUCUGUACAAUUGACUGAUGAAAUGCACAAGGCUGUGCAUCUCUGUGUGCUUAACAACAGUCAAGAAGUUAUACCUUACAUUGAGGUUCAUAAGGAAGAGUUAAAGUGCUUAGAUCAACGGUUGAGAAUUGAUUCAAAGUUGCUAGAGAAAGUGCAUAUGGAGAAAUUUGUCGAAUGGUUACAAGCUAAGAUUCAACUUGAAGUUGGUAGUACUUGUCUCGAGUCUGAUGAAACGCUCUCUUACCUUGUAAAAGGGCCAAGGUGUUGUGCAAUGUCUCACCCUGGUUAUAUUAUUAAUAGAAAACGCUUCCAUACUAUUGAAGCUAAAGUUUCUACGCAAGAUUAUGGUGUACAUAUUGAAGAAGAUACAUCAUCCAAUUAUUAUGGGAUUAUUAGACAAAUUUUGGUCUUGGAUUUUUACAAGUUUCGGUUGGCUGUAUUCCUUUGUGAUUGGGCCAACAUGGCUUUUGGUGUGAAGAAAGUAGAUGGAUUCACUUUAGUUAACCUUCAUGAGGGUUUAAGUAAAAAAGAUCCAUUCAUCUUAGCCUCACAUGCCCAACAAGUGUUUUACUCUAGAGAUAAUGAAAAAUCCAGCUAG